AGUGGAGGGAGAAGCAAGCACAAGCACUCCUCCUGAAGCAGGAACAGCAGCAGCAGCAGCAGCAACAGCAGCAGGAGAAAUGGCAUGGCGAUAGUAACCAGGAGGGUAACCAGGAGGGAGAACAGGACGCAGCAGCAACAUCAGGCAGCGGAGCAUCUGUCCCCUCUAUAGCGUUCUCCCCUAAGCGCCCCCCUGCUGCUGUGGCUGCUGAGAAAGUGGCUAAGCUGAUGGCUGCUGCAGCUGAGAGGCAGGCCCGGGAAGCAGCACAGAUCGCAUCUGCUGCUGCUGCUGCUGCUGCUGCUGCUGCUGCUGCUGCUGCCGCUGCUACCGCUUCUGCUGUUGGUGAUGACUCUGCUCCUGACGCUGCUGCUGCUGAUGCUGCUGUUGCUGAUGCUGCCGAUGCUGCUGCUGCUGCUGCUGCUGCUGCCGGGGAAGUUAGCAUUGUUGCUGCAGCUGGUGCUGGUGCCGGGAAAGGUGUGAAUGUAAGAGUGGUGGGAGUGGCGGAUGGGUUGAUUAGCAUUGUUGCUGCAGCUGGUGCUGGUGCCGGGAAAGGUGUGAAUGUAAGAGUGGUGGGAGUGGCGGAUGGGUUGAGUUUUGAGACGUGUCAAAACUCGAAAGGUGUGAAUGUAAGAGCGGUGGGGGUGGAGGAUGGGUUGAGUGAGGAGGACGCAGCUCUGCACCAGUCGCUGCUGAACCUCAUCAAAGCAUACUCUGUGUGUGACCCGGACACGUGGUACUGCAGUGGCAUGGGGUGGAUGGCGCUCACGCUGCUCUCCCUCAUGGCGGAGGAAGAUGCCUUCCUCUCCCUCCUCUUCCUCAUGCACCGCUGCGGCCUCCGAGGGCUCUUUGCACCCAACAUGCACCAGCUCAACACGCGUCUCUCCCAGCUCUCCCAGUUCCUGGCAGAGUCCACACCUCGCCUGCAUUCUUUCUUCGAGGACCUGCAGCUUAAACCCAGCAUGUAUGCAGCGGAUUGGCUGCUCUCCCUAUUUGCCCGCCACAUGCCGCAGUACCUCGUGUAUCGCGUCUUCGACAUCGUGCUCGCUGAGAAGACCAUGUCAGUUGUGUUCAAGCUCGCUAUAGUGCUGCUGCAGGUCACCCGGCGUCAGCUAAUGCUGUGUCCAGAGUUCGAUUACUGUCUGCACUUCCUGCACUCUGAGCUGCCUCUGGAGCUCAAUCUCCUCCCGGACAGGGAAGUGGAGGAGCUGGUGUCCAAGGCUCUGAGGGUGCGCCUGCCAUUUGAGAGCGUGCUGCGGCUGGAGGCAGAGUACGACCAGCUGGCGGGGGAAGCGGCAGUGGCGGCACAGGAGGUGCAGGCAGCAGCAGAGGCGAGUGAGGUGGCUGCAGAGUCGUGGGAGCGCGACAGGCAGGAGAUGGAGGGGGAGCUGCUGCACGCGCUCGAGCUACUGGGUUCAUCCCAGACAUACCUCUCGGCGCUCUUCGCUCACUUCAAGGCUGUGCAGGCCCGUGCCGGCCCCACCAGACAGCUCAGCGCUGCUGCUGCUGGUGCUUCCAACCCUGAUCAGACAGGUCCUCAAGCUGCUGCCCCUCAAACUCACCCAGUCUCGCUUCCCUCAGACUCCAAAUCCUUCUCCCUUCCCGACCUCCCACCUCUUCCCGAGCCUCCGACUCCUCCCGAACCUGCCCAGCCUCGGCCGCUGGUGGUUCGGAUCCCGGGCCUGGAGCCCGGAGCUGACAUCAGCAGCAUGUCCACCGCCGCUUUGCUAAGCGCGGUGGCGACGCUUAGGAAGCAGAGGGCAGCAGCGGAGGCGGCACUUAUGGCAGCAGAGCAGCAGCUUAUGGAGUGUAUCAGGAGUGAUAAUGCAGCGAUUGAUGCAUGCCUGAGGGGGCAGGCUAUGAGGGCGAGGAAGCGGCAGUUGGUUGGGCGCAAGGGAAGUGGGUCUGCCAAUCCCGUGCUGCCAGGUGGCUUUCUGGCGCAUCUGUUCCGAGGGACAUGCUGCGAGUGCGGACAGCCGUCAGCCUCGUCCUCCCGCCUCGUUCCCUUCUAUGAGCUCGAAUUGCCCUUGCACACUCCAGCACAAUCAUCAGCACCACCAGCAGCGCCUCCCCAGAAGAAGGGACCUCUCAAACGCAAGGCCAAGGGAGGAGCAGCAGCGUCAGCAGCAGCAGCAGCAGCAGCAGCAGCGGCAGCAGCAGCAGCAGCAGCAGCGGCGGCAGCAGGGGAGAGGGCCGGUGUGUCAGUGCAGCAGUGUCUUGAGCGUUACACAGCAGAGGAGCGGCUGGAGGGUGGUAACCAGAUGUGCUGCGAGCAGUGUGGGCGGAAAACGGACGCCACAAGGAGGGUGUGCAUUCGCGGCGUGCCGCCCGUGCUGAACCUGCACCUCAUGCGCUUCGUAUUCGAUGCUAAGACGAUGAGCAAGAAGAAAGUCACAUCAGGGGUGCGCAUUCCUCUCACUCUCGACCUCUCACCGUACGUUCAACCUAGUGUUGAUUCCUUCAAAGAAGCAGGCGGGCCUCUGGCAGAAAAACCUGCAGAAGCAGCAGCAGCAGCAGCAUCAGUAAGGGCAGGAGGGGAAGGGGUUGGAGGAGGGGUGGGAGGAGCAGGGGUAGAGAGUAAAGCAGGGGGGUGUGCUGCCGGUGAUGAAAAUCCAAGGGUAGGGAAGCGAGGCGGUAGGAGGAUUGGAGAUAGAGGGGAAGAGUCCAGGCAAUGGGGCGGAGGAAAGAGGCGAGGUAUUGCAGCAAGAAGGGGAGGAAGAGGAGGAGGGGAAGAAGCGGGAGAAGGAAAGAAAGAAGUGGGAGAAGGAAAGACAGAAGCUGGAGAAGGAAAGGCAGAAACAGGGGAAGGAAAAGCAGAAGCAGGAGAAGGAAAAACAGAAACAGGGGAAGGAAAGACAGAAAUAGGAGAAGAGCAAAGAACAGCAGAAGAUGCAGCGGAAGCUAGUCAGAAGACGUCCGAGCCUCCUAGACCUAGUCUUAAGUACCAGUUAGUAGCGAUUCUGCAGCACAAGGGCAGCCAGGCGUCGUGCGGGCACUAUGUGGCUCAUGUGAAGGACGUGCGGAGUGGGCAGUGGUGGCUUUUUAACGACGAAGAGGUGGUGCGACUGGGCCGACACCCCAUGGGGGAGGAGAAAGGUGGGAAGAAGGGGGAGGGGAAGGGGGAGGGGAAGGGGGAGGGGAAGAAGGCUGAAGUGGGGACUGAGAAAGGGGCUGUUGAGGUGUCUCGAGACGCGCAUGUGAAGGACGUGCGGAGUGGGCAGUGGUGGCUUUUUAACGACGAAGAGGUGGUGCGACUGGGCCGACACCCCAUGGGGGAGGAGAAGGGGGAGAAGGGGAAUGAAAAGAAAGUUGCGAAGGGUGCUGAGAAGGGGGUUGAGGAACGGGUUUUUGAGGUGUCUCAAAGUGCAAAGGGUGAGGUGAAAGGUACUGAGAAAGGUGCUGAAACCUUGGCCUUUGAGCCGUCUGAGAACGCAAUGUUGUUGAAGGGGAAGGUGGCUGAAAGGGUAGGAAUGCAGCUGGUUGGGGAGGCGGUGGGGUGCGCAGAGAGGAAUGGCAGGGAUAAUGACACCCCACUCUGCGAUGAAGGCGGUGGAGGUGAAAGGACAGGAGCAGGAAGAGAUGAAGCAGGGGCAUCAGCAGGGGAGAUAGAGACAACAAGAGAAGUGGGGGCAGCAGGAGAAGAAGUAGGAGAAGCAGGGAAAGGGACAGCAGGGGCAGUAGGGGAAGGAGCAGCUGGGGUAGGGGCAGCUGGGGUAGGAGCAGCUGGGGAAGGAGCAGCUGGGGAAGGAGCAGCUGGGAAAGGAGCAGCUGGGGAAGGGGCAACAAGAGAUAAGUCUGAUGGGACUGGUAGGCGGGUUGGGUGUGAUGAUACGACUGACUUGACUGGUGGGAAGAGCGAGGGGACUCCAGAUGUCUGUGACCCUCAUCCGAUUGAUCUUGACGAGGGAAUCAACAACACUGAUGGCACUGGCCCUCAGUCCUUUCAGGGCCCUGAAAGGACUGACCCUCAUCCGAUUGACCUUGAUAGCACUGACCCUCAGGGGAAUGACCCCCAUCGGGUUGACCCUCAUGGCGCUACUGACCCUGAUUUGAUUGACCUUGAUGGGAUUGACCCUGUUUCAAUUGACUUGGAUCGGAUUUUAGACGACGUAGAUGCGAAGAAGCGUCACCCACCUUCGCUUGGUCCGCAGAAGCGUCGCCGAGUGGGCCGACAACGAGGCCCCGAGUCGUUUCUCAAGGCCGCUCCUGAGAUUCCACCUGAAGAACCACCUGAGUGCCCUGGCAAGGCGCCUCUGAAGAAGCAGAUCUCGUUGCUGGCGGAUUCCGUUGCUGCUCCACCUGGAAAAGCACCUGUAAGGCAACGGCGAUCCGCGUCCCAAGCUCAACAUGUGACAGCAACAAGCAAGAAGCCAGAGGCGGUUUGUAACGGUGUGCAUGGUGCGGAGAGUGGUGGUGGGGAGUGCGGGCCGGGUGGUUCCAGGAAAGGGGGGACUGCAGUGAACGGUGGUCGAGAGGGGCUGGGGGAAGUGGGGGGAGAGGAGGUGACGUCAGCAGAUGCAUACAUGCUGAUAUACGUGCGGGAGGGCUUUGGGGAGGGUUGUGGGAAGGUUGCUGAUAUACAUGCUAAGGGGGUAGCUGCUAGAUUAGCAGCGGAUGCAGGUGGUUUGGAGUGUGAGGGGGCUGAUAUGGGGGAUGCGAACUCACGUGAACCAACAGCAAAAGCACCUGAUGUGGCUGUGAAGGCACCUGAAACAACAGCAGCAGCAUCUGAUGAGGCUGUCCAAGCACCUGAAACGACUGCAGAAGCACCUGAUGCGGCUGUUAAAGCACCUGAAACGACUGCAGCAGAAGCACCUGACGCGGCUGUUAAAGCACCUGAAGCCAGUGCGGGAGCAGCUAAGAAAGAAAAUGUAUUUUUCCUGGGAGGUGACAAUGUCCCUCUGCCCCAGUUCCUCUUAGACGAGGUGACUAAAACGAAUGCAGCUUUUCGGCAGCAGUGUGAGGAGCAGAGGCGAUGGGACGAGGAAACGAGGAAGGGAGUCGAGGAGAGGAGGAGUGAGGUGCGAAACGUGCUCUCUCUCAUGCCUGGCGGCCGUAGGGAGGAGGGGAAUCGAGUACUGGAGGCUGAUGGUGUGGGAGGGGAAGCAGAGGAGAAGGGCGACGCAGAGGGGGGAGAAGAGGAUGAGUUCUUUUGGAUCAGCACCGAGUGGCUCAAGGCGUGGGCUGAUAGCGAGGAUUUGCCAGGUCCCAUUGACAACACCCCUCUCCUGUGCCCUUCUCACGGCCUGGUACCACGAGCCUGCCUGCCUCUCAUGAAGCGUGUGUCGCCUGUCGCAUGGGCCAUGCUGGUCUCCCAGUACGAAGGUGGUCCGGCCCUCUCCCAGGCAGCAUGCUGCUCGGAGUGUUUGAUCGCAGAGGCGCUGGCAGCAGUAAGUGCGGGGAGAGCCAACGCAACUCUCACCCUCUUCCCGCACGUUUCAUAUCAACACCCCCCUUUCCCGCCUCCUCCCAUCCCCGCCUCCCCCCCCAACCCCUCCUCCCGCCUACUCAGGCUGAACAACUGGCUGAGGAGGACAAAGGCUGAUGCCCCAACUGCGGCUGACUGCAACCCCCUGGGCGGCAUUGUUUGUCCUCAUCAGGGGUUGAUGCCGGAGGGUAGAGGAGGGGAGGCGAGGAGGGUGGUUGUGAGUGCGGAGGUGUGGGGAUGGCUGAAACGGUGGGCGGAGGAGGGGAGGAGGCGAGGAGAGGAGGAGAGAGUGAAAGAGGCCAAGGAGAGAGCAAGGGAAGAGAACGAGAGUGUGCAAGAGGGGGAUAAGAGCUUGAGGAAGGAGGAAAGUUCGAGUGAAGGGGAGCGUUGUACCGGUAAGGAAGAGGGAAGGUCUCUGGCGAGCAUUGGAGCAGAGACCAAGGAAGCUGCGAUGACAGAGAUCAAGGACGAGAAAGAAGAGGCAGGGGCAGAAGCAAAGGGUGGGUGCAAGCCUUACCCGGCUCCAGAAAAGGUUCCAGCAUCUGCAAUCACAGAGAAGGUUCCAGCAUCUGCAAUCCCAGAGAAGGUUCCAGCAUCUGCAAUCACAGAGAAGGUUCCAGCAUCUGCAAUCACAGAGAAGGUUCCAGCAUCUGCAAUCCCAGAGAAGGUUCCAGCAUCUGCAAUCACAGAGAAGGUUCCAGCAUCUGCAAUCACAGAGAAGGUUCCAGCAUCUGCAAUCCCAGAGGUCACGGACGAGAACGAAGAGAAGGAAGAGAAAGAAGAGAAAGAAGAGAAAGAAGAGAAAGAAGAGAUAGAAGAGAAAGAAGAGAAAGAAGAGAAAGAAGAGGCAGUGGCAGAAGCAAAGGGUGGGUCCAAGCCUCCUCACCCUGCUUCUUCAAGUGCUGAGAUUGCACUGCACAGUCCCGCGUUACUUCAGACGGGAAGUCACAGCCAGUUGUUGGAGUUCCCAGCUUCAACUGCAGAGUGUGCCGUGUGCGUGGCAGCAGCAGCAGAGGCAGCUGAGCAGGCUGAUGCACUGAGUCUCGUGCAGCAGCAGCAGCGCCAACAAUUCCUCCGCCUCUUUUCCCUCCGCCCCCUCCCCCUCUCCCUCCCCUCGUGCCCCACCACUUCCCCUCGCCUCUCCUCCCGCUCCCCACCCACCUUUCCAUCCCCACCCUCUAAGCACGAGGAGCCUGUUUCUGAGGCGCCUCAAAAGCAAGAGGUCAUCCCCUCACGCUCUGAGUCUGAGUUCCCCUACGCGCUCAUCCCCUCCUCCUGGGUCGCCCUCUGGCGUGCCUUCCUCUCCGCCCCGCCUACUGCCACCAAGUCUGCAGCUGCAGGGGCUGCAGGGUGUGACGGAGGGGCUGUUGAGAGUUCUCAAAAGUCACUCCAAUAUAGAGGGGCUGUCACAAGCAAAGAGUCAGCAGCAGCUUGUCAGCAAUCCCCUCCCAGCCUGGAGGGAGCACUGAGGGCCGUGCGGUGUCAGCAGCAUGGGGGCCUGGUUGCCCCGCUGCCAGCACUGGUUAGCAGCAGGAAGGGCGAGCUGCUUCAGGCAAAUGCAGAAUCUGAGCCCUUCACUAUAGUCACACGGUCAGAAUGGGUCGAGCUGAGCAGCCAGUGGGGCGGCACGCCCACCUCUGCCAUCCGCGCGCGAAUCAAAUCAAAUCUUCCCUCCAACAACCAUGCACCUGAUACCAAAUCUUCACAAAGUCAGAAAUCCACUGUGGGGAAGAGCCAUGGAGACCAAUCCUUCCUCAGCCCAUAUUGCCUGGAAACCAGCCCUCAUUUGUGUCACAUCUGCUACAAGAAUCCAGAAGAGAUCGCAAAGGAAGAGGAGAGGGCUAUGAGGGAGGAGUUACAGAGGGGGGAUUACAGGGAAGAGGAGAUACUGGUUGAGCUGGUGAGGGGAUUUGAGCCUCCUCCCUCUGUUGUUGCGUCUACGUAUGGGUUCCCACCUCUAGCUGUGUCACGCCGGUUUGCGUCUGCUUCCUCCUCUGCUGCCGGUGCUGCUGCUGGUGAUGCCGCUAGUACUGCUAGUGUUGUUGGUGAUGCUAGUGCUAGUGCUGCUGGUGCUGCUAGUGAUCUUGCUGCUGCUGCUGCUGCUGCUUCUGCCAACGGCAAUGAUACCAAUAUUCUUCCAGGUGAAAAGCUCAGUCCGCCACUGCUGGCAGUGGCACCACAGGCCAAGACAACAAAAACAGGAUUACCAAUGGCUAGACUACAGAGACGGCCACUGCGAACGGGGGGAAGCCGUGUGGCAAUAAGAGUAUCAGGCUCAACCACCCUGCACCAGCUGAAGCUGCAGAUCUGGGAGUCCCUGGGAGUGGUUCCUGAGAACCAGCGCAUUGGAUUCAGCACUGUUGAAAUCACUGCGCUGCGUGGCCGCGAGAGGGUUUCUCAUAAGGCCGUGUCUCAUGAGUCCCUGGAAGUGGUCCCUGAGAACCAGCGCAUUAAGUUUGGCACGGAGGAAGUUACUGAUUUGGAGGAGCAUGAGGGUGUGUUGAUGGUGCAAGCUGGAGUGUUUGCAGGUGCCCGGCUGUGGGUGGUGGAUACUAAAGUGCACAAGGACAGGGACAUUGCAGAGGAGCUCGCAGUUGUGGAUGACACGCAGAAGAAGGAGGCAGGUUUCAAAGGCACAGGCCUGGCUGGUGGUUUUUGCGUCGACUCAAAAGCAGACCCAAAACGCCGCUCACUUCCUUUCUCCUCCCGCAAUUUCUCCUCCCUCUUCCCUCCCCCCCGCCUUGUUCCAUCAGAGGAGCUCCCAGUUGUGGAUGACACGCAGGAGGAGGCAGGUUUCAAAGGUACAGGUCUGGCUGGUAGUUUCCUCCCUGUAACUAUUUUCCCAGUAGCAAGCGCAGCAACGGUUGGAGCAGACACAGCAACGGUUGCAGCCGAGGGCAUUAAGUCGGGUGCACAUGAUGCCGCGGAUGGUCAUGUGGUCGUGUAG